UCGAUUGGAUUUACUAUUUUGUGACAGUCAAGGAGUCUUGCGAACGCGAUCAGGAAUCGGAACGCACCAUUGCACUGCUCUGCUCUGUGGCGAGUAUCAUCGAAGUUGAAAGGAAAAAAAUCAGAACUUUCGCGGUAUUCAAAGUUGCAAAUGCAAAGUGAAGUGAGUUUAGCGAGAAGAAAGUGUCUUAUUUAGUGUAUUAAGAGAUAUCUCAACGCCCUGAGAUUUGCGAUUCCAGUUUGGCAAAGGGAAUUAUUCUCAAAGCGAGUUGCAGCAACAUUUCAGCUGCACCAAAGUAGGGAAUAUACCCGGCCAAAUUGGAAAUACUUAGUUCACGAUUCGUGGGCAUUCUCGGUCCGCCGCCCGGGACAAGGGAGUAAAAAGUUUACUCGUACAACAAAACGACUGACCGGGUGAGUUUGUUGCCGAUGAUCUAUGUAUUUUAUCGAAAACAUUUGACAUAAAAACAUCAAAGGAUUGCGUCGAAGAAAGCAAAUGGAUGUACGGCAGUGCCUCCGCCAAGAAGUAUAACUACCUACUUUUAAAAUUUUAUUGAAAAUAUAAACUUGAUAUAGACUAAUAAUUAUUUAUAAAUGAAACUGUAGUGUAGUGCAAUUAGCCAAUUGUUUUAAUUAUUUUCAGCCGUCACCAUGGCAAGCUUAUACAGCCGAGUAAAGUUGCGCCAUGAGCGACUAACAAAAGUUACUGCGGACUCCGAAGCCCUCUUGCAACAACUUCAGGCUAAUGGAGCCGUUAGUGAAGACCAGUUCACAGGACUCCAUAUAAAAUUACGACAGUGCUUGGACAGCUUCGAAAGAGAGAUCUUUCAGUACCUAAGGGUUGUACCGGAGGCGGACAUAGUUGGCAUGACCGAGGACCAGCUCAAGGCCGAAGACAUAUUGACAGACCUAGAAACGGCAUGCCAACUCAACAAAAGGCGAAAUGAGUCAGUCAACAAGUCGAAGUUGCCAGAACUGAGCCUGCCUUCCUUCUCCGGUGACCACUUAAAGUGGUGCGAAUUUUGGGACCGAUUUGUUGCUAACGUGGAUCAGAGAAAUUUACAGGAAUCUGAAAAGCUUAUGUACCUCCUGAGCUGCCUGAAAGAUUCAGCGUUAGAGACCGUAUCCGGAUUAGCUGCAACCAACGCAAACUAUUCUGUUGCCGUUGAAACCCUAAAGAAACGGUACGGCUCAACACACACCCUCAUUGAUGCUCAUUAUUCAGCCCUUAACAGCCUCCGGAAGGCAGAUUCUACUAGCGCGAGUUGCCGGAGCGUGCUGGAUAAUAUAGAGCACAACAUCCGUGUGUUAGAAAAGCUCGGAGAGCCGAUUGGAGGGAACCAUCUGAGAUCCCUGGUAUUAUCAAAGUUUCCAGAGAAGGUCAUCCACGAACAUCAUCUAAUAGGAGGAGGUACUGAUUUGUCAGCCAUACGAAGUAGCUUAGACAGGAUUAUAACAGCUAUGGAGAAAUCCGCCUCUUCUGUGGGUGACACUGAGUUCAUUGCCGUACCAGGGGAAAGGACAUGCAAGCAGGGACUGCCGUAA